GUGCCGAGCGGCGUUCCCAGGUGCCGAGCAGCCCGGGAGCUGAAGCCGGGCAGGGUUCAGCUAUGCCGACACUAGCAGGAGCCCAGACUCCUUGGAGCAGCACCUGCUUCGCCCGCGCCAGGAGGGGAUCCCUGGGGACGGGGCUGCCCGGGGAUCCCCCGAGGGGGCCCGGCUGUGCCCGGAGAGGGUCCGCGGUGCUGGGCCCUGCCCGGCUCGGCUGGAGGCAUUCCCGGUGCAGCCCGGUGAGCGGGGACGUGCCUGCGCGGCCGUCCGCCCGGAGCCGCGGGGACGGGCGUGCCGGGGGGCUGCGUGUGUGUGUGCGUCUGCGGCCGCGGUGCUCGGCAGCCCGGGGAGGCCGACGGCAUCUCACCCUUCCCUCACUGGGCGCCCGGCCAGGCCCGCGUGAUGGGACGGGCCCCGGAGCCUGACGGCCUGCGGGGACGCGGCACGUGCCCGGCGCUGGCGGACGCAGCUGUCCCGGCGCGGCUGUUGGUGCACGGCGUGACUGGGGCGGCCGGGGCCGUCGCGGUGCUCAGCGGGGCCGGUGCUGGGGUGCCGAGGGACCCCCAGGAUGGCGGAGGCCCACCAGGCCGUGGCCUUCCAGUUCACCGUCACCCCCGACGGCUUCGACUUCCACCUCAGCCGCGAGGCCCUCAAGCAGCUCUACCUCGCGGGCGUCUACUCGUGGAAGAAGCGCUUGGUCUGCGCCAAGAACAGCUUCCUGAGCGGGGUCUACCCCGCGUCCCCCUCCAGCUGGAUGGUGGUGGUCAUGGCCACCGCCGGCUCCUUCUACUGCCAGCUCGACCCCUCCAUGGGGGUGAUCGCCCGCAUCCGCUGCUACCUGCCCGGCAGCCGCUUCCUGAGCUUGCAGAGCCGGACCGUGGUGAGCGCCGCGCUCUUCUCCACCGGCGUCUGGCUGGCGGCGGUGCUGCUCUGCCGGCACUCGCUCAAGCUGCUGCUCUCCUACCACGGCUGGAUGUUCGAGCCCCACGGCAAGAUGAGCCGCGGCACCAAGAUCUGGGCGGCGCUGGUGAAGGUGCUCUCCGGCCGCAAGCCCCUGCUCUACAGCUUCCAGAGCUCCCUGCCCAAGCUGCCCGUCCCGCCCGUGGAGGCCACCGUCACCAGGUACCUGGAGUCCGUGCGCCCGCUGAUGGACGAGGAGAAGUACCGUAGGAUGGAGGCCCUGGCCGAGGAGUUCAAGGAGAAGACGGCGCCCCAGCUGCAGAAGUACCUGGUCCUCAAGUCCUGGUGGACCACCAACUACGUCAGCGACUGGUGGGAGGAGUACAUCUACCUGCGGGGCCGCGGCCCGCUCAUGGUCAACAGCAACUACUACGCCAUGGAUUUCCUGUACGUGACGCCGAGCCGCGUGCAGGCGGCCCGGGCCGGCAACGCCGUGCACUCCAUGCUGCUGUACCGCCGCAAGCUGGACCGCGGCGAGCUGCCCCCCGUGAUGGCCCUGGGCCUGGUGCCCAUGUGCUCCUACCAGAUGGAGAGGAUGUUCAACACCACCCGCAUCCCCGGCAAGGACACGGACACGCUGCUGCACUUGCUGAACAGCAAGCACCUGGCCGUGUACCACCGGGGCCGCUUCUACAAGCUCUGGCUCUUCCACGGCGGCUCGCUGCUGCGGCCCCGCGACCUGGAGAUGCAGUUCCAGCGCAUCCUCGACGACCCCUCGCCCCCGCAGCCCGGCGAGGAGCGCCUGGCCGCCCUCACCGCCGGCGAAAGGGCGCCCUGGGCCGAGGCCCGGGCCAGGUUCUUCAGCUACGGCAGGAACAAGGUCUCCCUGGACGCCAUCGAGCGGGCGGCCUUCUUCCUGACGCUGGACGAGGAGGCGCAGGGCUACACGCCGGACCGGGCCGACUGCAUGGACGCCUACGCCAAGUCGCUGCUGCACGGGAAGUGCUACGACCGCUGGUUCGACAAGUCCUUCACCCUGGUGGUCUACAAGAACGGCAAGCUGGGCGCCAACGCCGAGCACUCGUGGGCCGACGCGCCCAUCGUCGGGCACCUCUGGGAGUUCAUGCUGGGCACAGACCAGUUCCAGCUGGGUUACGACGAGGGGGGCCACUGCCGCGGCGAGCCCAACACGCAGCUCGCGCCCCCCCAGCGCCUCCAGUGGGACAUUGCCCCGGAGUGCCAGGAGGCCAUCGAGAGGUCCUACCGCGUGGCCAAGGCGCUGGCGGACGACGUGGACUUCUGCUGCUUCCAGUUCUCCCAGUUCGGGAAGGGCCUCAUCAAGCAGUGCCGGACCAGCCCCGACGCCUUCAUCCAGCUGUCGCUGCAGCUGGCCCACUUCCGCGACAAGGGCUGCUUCUGCCUCACCUACGAGGCCUCCAUGACGCGGCUCUUCCGCCAGGGCCGCACGGAGACGGUGAGGUCCUGCACCGCCGAGUCGACGGCCUUCGUGCGGAGCAUGGCGGACGCCAGGCAGAGCCGCGCCGAGCGCAAGCGGCUCUUCACGCUGGCGGCCGACAAGCACCAGCACAUGUGCCGCAUGGCCAUGACCGGCGCCGGCAUCGACCGGCACCUCUUCUGCCUCUACGUGGUGUCCCGCUACCUGGGCGUGCGGUCGCCCUUCCUGGCGCAGGUGCUGGCCGAGCCCUGGCGCCUCUCCACCAGCCAGACCCCCCAGCAGCAGCUCAAGAUGUUCGACCUGGACAAGCACCCGGACCACGUCUCCACCGGCGGCGGCUUCGGGCCGGUCGCCGACGACGGCUACGGCGUCUCCUACAUCAUCGCUGGCGAGAACCUCAUCACCUUCCACGUGUCCAGCAAGCACUCCAGCGCCGAGACAGACUCCAAGCGCUUUGCCGGGCACAUCCGCCAGGCCAUGCUGGACAUCGCCGAGCUCUUCGACGUGCCGCCCCGGGCAGCGCGGAAGUGAGGCCGGGCACCGCGGGCACCGCGCAGCAGGGACCAGCCACCGGCCACCGGCCACCGGGCACCGGCCGAUGCCGCAGGGACCCCGCGGGGAGCGAGCUGCGGCGCGGGGGCAGGGGCCAGGGCCGUCUGUACCUGCAAAUGCUCCAUAAAGGUUGCUCGUGCCACACCA